UGCCUCCCACCGCUGUAUAAAGCCAGCUCCCAGCCUCGCGUCCGCGGAUUCCUGGGGGCAUCUCUAUCAUUUCUCAAGCGAUCAACCCAGCCAUAUCAAUCCGACCAAAAGAUAUUCUGAUUCGUCAACAAGCAAAGCGUCCGUUAUGUCUCCCGUCCUAGCCCUCGCCCACAAGCUGACGGACAUCGAGCUCGGUUCGUUCGGUGAGGGCAUAUGGGCAGUCAUCUUGGGAUGGCUAUCCGCGACGUGGGAAAGUGUUAAAGAGUGGAACCAGCACCCUCCUGCGUGGCUGAUGUGGGCGAUAUUAGCAUGGCUCAUCACCUUCACCUUGGUAGCUACGAUCCUGUUUACCUUGGGGUUCGGUCCCGUCGGCAUCGUCGCCGGCUCGUUCGCAGCGUGGUUCCAGUCGUGGGCGUUCGGUGCCUUCACACCUGCAGGCGGUCUCUUUGCUCUCUGUACCAGCCUGGCCAUGCUAGGGAUCCUAAAUCCAAUUCUUUGUUUUGUUGCGGCAUUGAUCGCUACAAUUGUUGCAGUUAUCGUUGGCGUUUGGACAAGCUCAGCCUAGAACGGUUUGGUUCUUGACGCACCAGAAAUCACGAGCUGGAUGUUACACCUACCUAUAAGUUGGGAACAGGGCAUAGACGCUGGGAGCGCUUCUACAGCCCACCAAACUGGCAAUCUGAUCAUUAGAUGCCGGUUGAUGUACUACCUAGAAUAGGAGCCCUUAGGGUCAUCAGACGAUCGUAUCUGUGGUUCUCCUGCGACUGUCGUAUUUUUCCCGAUCAAGUGUAGAUUGCAUUUCCC